AUGAACGGGACGGAGGGCCCGAACUUCUACGUGCCCUUCUCCAACAAGACGGGUGUGGUGCGCAGCCCCUUCGAGUACCCACAGUACUACCUGGCUGAGCCAUGGCAGUUCUCCAUGCUGGCUGCCUACAUGUUUCUGCUGAUCGUGCUCGGCUUCCCCAUCAACUUCCUCACGCUCUACGUCACAGUCCAGCACAAGAAGCUGCGUACACCUCUCAACUACAUCCUGCUCAACCUGGCUGUGGCUGACCUCUUCAUGGUCUUCGGUGGCUUCACCACCACCCUCUACACCUCUCUGCAUGGAUACUUUGUCUUCGGGCCCACAGGAUGCAAUUUGGAGGGCUUCUUUGCCACACUGGGCGGUGAAAUUGCCCUGUGGUCUUUGGUGGUCCUGGCCAUUGAGCGGUACGUGGUGGUGUGUAAGCCCAUGAGCAACUUCCGUUUUGGGGAGAACCAUGCCAUCAUGGGCGUUGCCUUCACCUGGGUCAUGGCGCUGGCCUGUGCAGCACCCCCCCUCGCUGGCUGGUCCAGGUACAUCCCAGAGGGCAUGCAGUGCUCAUGUGGGAUCGACUACUACACACUCAAGCCAGAAAUCAACAAUGAGUCCUUCGUCAUCUACAUGUUCGUGGUCCACUUCACCAUCCCCAUGAUUGUCAUAUUCUUCUGCUAUGGACAGCUCGUCUUCACAGUCAAGGAGGCAGCUGCCCAGCAGCAGGAAUCGGCCACCACCCAGAAGGCUGAAAAGGAGGUCACCCGCAUGGUCAUCAUCAUGGUCAUCGCUUUCCUGAUCUGCUGGGUGCCCUAUGCCAGUGUGGCAUUCUACAUCUUCACCCACCAGGGCUCCGACUUUGGCCCCAUCUUCAUGACCCUCCCGGCGUUCUUCGCCAAGUCCUCCUCCAUCUACAACCCUGUCAUCUAUAUCAUGAUGAACAAGCAGUUCCGGAACUGCAUGAUCACCACCCUCUGCUGUGGCAAGAACCCACUGGGUGACGACGAGGCCUCUGCCAGCGCCUCCAAGACGGAGACCAGCCAGGUGGCACCGGCCUAA